ACUCUGGUGUGAACAUGGCGUGGACGGAGCUCCUGUACAGCCCGAUAUGGCUGGUGUCCACCGCGCUGCUGGCCUUCGUGGUGCGCCUGCAGAGGAGGGGGUGGUGGGACCCCCGAGCCUGCGCCACGCGCCUGGACGGGAAGACCGCGAUAGUGACGGGGGCCAACACAGGGAUCGGGAAGUUCAUCGCCCUGGACUUGGCCCGACGUGGAGCUCGAGUCAUCCUGGCCUGCAGGAGCGAGUCUCGGGGACAGGCGGCGGUGGACCAGAUUCGAGGGCAAAGUGGGAACCAGAACGUGCACCUCCGUCUGGUGGACUUGUCUCUUCUGGAGUCGGUCAGAGCAUUUGUUGAGAGGAUUCUAGGGGAGGAGAAAGCUCUCCACAUCCUGGUGAACAACGCGGCAGUGUCAGGUCUACCUCAGCAGAAAACCAAGGAGGGGUUGGACACCAUGUUUGCCACCAAUCAUCUGGGCCCGUUUUUGCUCACCAACUCACUGCUGGACCUGAUGAAGCGAUCGGCUCCAGCACGAAUCGUCUUUGUGAGUUCAGUCAUGCACCGAAAAGGCCAAGUGGACCUCUCUCACUUUCACGGGGAGAACCUUCAAUAUUACCAGGAUGUGGUUUACAACCACACCAAGCUGCACAACGUCAUCUGUAGCAACGAGUUCGCCCGCCGGCUUCAGGGAAGCGGUGUCACCGCCAACUCUGUCCACCCCGGCAUCGUCAUGACUGAAGUGAUGAGACACUACCCAUUACUGAUGCGCUUCAUGUUCAACUUUAUCGGCUUCUUCUUUUUCAAGUCUGCAGAGGAAGGGGCCGUCUGCCCCAUCUACUGUGCAGUCUCAGAGGAAACCGAAGGAAUCACGGGAAAAUACUUCGACAGCGACUGCGCGAUGGUCCUGCCGGCGCCGUUAGCUCGAGACGCUGCCCUCGCCGUUAAGGACUUUGAGUACUGCGAGAGGCUGACCUCCAAGCUGUGACACGACAGCGACGCCGAAUCUGUGGCAGUACCUUGAAGCUUUGUAUUUCAGGUUCUUUCUAUGACUCCUGAAAAUAUGAUGGAGUGAAUUAUGUGUGAAUAAAAGAUCUCUGACAGCUUCAUUGGCAGAGUAUAUAAGUAUUGUUUGAGGUCACUGACUUAAUCAGAAAUCUUAUUUAAACAAAAAAAACUAAACAAACUUUCAAAUGCAAUUCUUGCUCAUAUUAUUAUUUAAUUUAUUUAUCUACA